CCCGGCGGGAGUACGUGGCGAAGAUGCUCAUCCUGCGAAAGAUGAUGUCCAUCCCCGUCCAGGUAAAAACUGUGACGAUGGCGAGAGUACGCGACGCGCCCGAAGGGGGGGGCGCAUCUACUGGGGGAGGCGACGACGACGACGUCGUUGAGGGAUGGGCAACCGGUUCGGACCCGCUGUUCUGGCCAGCAGUUCGAAGCACGGCGGACGGCAAGGAGGACGUCAAGCACGUGCUAGUUCACGGCGAACUUCGGGCCGAGGGGGGGGAACGUGGCUGCACGCGUGUACCGGUGGACAAGAGCGACUUGGUGAUGCGCGAUGGCAAGGGGGACUACAGCUUGGUGCCCGAUCUUCAAGUGCGCGACUUGUACGUGGCGAAGAAGAAGAAGGAGGAAGCGCUUUUCUGGCCAGCCCGGCGGAUCGUGGAUGGAGAGACGGAGUACAAACACGUGCACGUCCACGACGGCGAGCGUCCCUGCGGGGACUGCGUGCGGAUAAAACCGAACGCUCUCAACGUCUCACUGCGGUGCGAGUGCCGCGACUGCAAACGCAAGCCGUUUGACAGCUCUUCGCGGGUCCCUUUCAACCCGCGUGACCUGCUGGGGCGGGACGGGCGAGGGGAUUUCUGCUUGGUGCCCGACCACGAGGUCCUCGCCCUCUACUUUCACGACGAGACCACGGCGAAGGAGAACGACGACGGCAGCAACCAGUGGGUGUCGGUGUUGAAGGGCGCCGCCAUCAAGAAGAAGGGGGAAGGACGCGCCGCGCACAUCUCUGACAUCAUUGGGGUGGAUAGAGGGGUCGCAGCGAUAGGGAAGGAGGCCUGGGGCAUGAUGCAGGAAGACAUGAACGUGGUCGAAGAUAAGGAGAACCCGGUUGAGGUCGCGCGGCCGGCUCCCAAGGACGGGGAGGCGCCGACGCAUCGGGUGUUUCCCGGACGCUACGAGCGUUCCGGGAUCUACUUCGGCAGGAAAGAGGGCGAGGGGAAGGACGGCCAUGCCGUGAAGCUCGUGCAGGAUGCCGUCGAGCUGCUGAAAGGGAUUCCCGGCGCCUGCCAGGUGAAGAAAACGAAGAACGACCCUUCCACGGCGGCGGUCAUCAUGACUGUAGGGCAACACCAAGACGGGUACUGGAACUGCGCACGGAUGUUGGAGCAAAUUCCGGGGCUCAUCGCCAUCCACGAGCUGACAAGCGAGCCACACCGGCAGCUGGUCAUGGUCUUCGACAACUCUACCGGGCACUCGGCGUUCGGCGCCGGCGCAUUGGUGGGUGAGCACGUUGCCCUGAGGCCAGGGGGAGCGCAGGGCGCUCUUCGCAAUUUCGAGGACGACGAGGGGAACCCCGUGCACACCACCUUCAGGGUCGGCGACAAGCUCCGUUUUACCACGAACGUGUUUGCCCCGAAAACGGAGGAGGAGCUCGAGGCGGAAAAGAAAGCGGCAGAGGAGGCGGAGGAGAAGGGGUUGCCGGUGAAGAAAUCCAAGAAGAACGGCAAGAACCUCGGGAAGUUCAAGAAGGGCGACGAGGUCAAGGCGACUGGCCCCACCGCCGUUCUCAUCGGCCUGCCGAAAGGAGGAAAGCAGCUGCUCAUGGAGAUGGGGCUGUGGGAAGGCGAGCCAACCCUACGCGUUCACGAGUGCAGCGCGUGCAGGGCGGAAAAGGCGGCAACAAGGCAAGCCAUUACCGCCUUCAACCGCGGUGGAGAGGGGCGGCAGCAGGUGGUGGACAACACGGGGCAGGGAGAGGAGGACGGCGGAGAGGACGGGGACUCGGGUGGGAGCGGGGCAGCUGGUGAAGCAGGCAAGAGGCGUCGCUGCUGCGUCGUGCGCGUUCUGUCUGAGCUCAAGGCGUUCAGGGAGGAGCUCAACAUGGUUGAGAAGCUCUUCAAGGCACACGGGCACCUGUGCAUCUUCUUGCCGAAGUACCACCCAGAGCUCAACGCAAUCGAGCGAUACUGGGGGUACAUCAAGCACCUCCUCCGCCUCCACUGCGAGUAUUCCCUUCGCCACAUGCUCCAGGUCUUGCCCGGCGCGUUGAGCGGCGUACCCGCACGGUUUAUCCGCGCAUGGAGCAGGGUGACGUGGCUGUACAUCGAAGCCUACGACGAGGGCCUGGAGGACUACCUCGAGUACCGCGAUCUCAAGGAGUGGGGGAAGCACCGAGAAGCCACCGCCAGGGGAGAUGCCGUGAUUCAGGCGAGGGGGGCGGGGAAGACGCCGGAGCAGAAGAAGGCAGCCGAGGCGAAGGCGCUUGCGGCUGCGCAGGAAGUGCGCAAGAAGUCGAUGGCAGCGACCAGGGAAGCCUUCAACACGUGGACGAGCAAGAGAGCCUCCCGGAAGGAGCAGCUACGGCUGUGGAUUUUGCGCAACACGAUGAAUUUUUUGAGGAAAUGGUUGGGCGGGCACGCUCAGGCGUGAGUGGGGAGGGUACGUAUCUAUAUGUCGCGGUGUGUUGUAGUGUUGGUUUCUCGCGUUUAGGCGCGGUAGAGGCGUUCGUCAUGGUCACCAACUCAACGCUAUAGCUGUCUCUCUUGGUAUCGGACUUGCUUAGAGAGAACGGAUGUGAUUGCUGCAUGCUUUGUUUGCAGCACCUUCACCAGCCAGGGGUUGAGUAGAAAGUAAACGGCGGUAUUGUAUGUAUGUAUGUACAUAUGUAACGUGUAAAUAAUGUAAAUAUGGAUUGACAACGGUUUAACUGAUGUUCUGAAGGCAUAUACGUGUAGAAGGGAGGGGUUGAGGGGGGGUCGUGGUGUACUUUUGGGGCUCCGU